AUGAGUGAUUCAAAGGCAUACUUCCCCCCAGAAGGUCUGGCGAGUGAAGCUCACAUUAAUUCCAUAGAAACAUACAAUGAAUGGCAUAAAAGAUCCAUUAAGCAACCUGCUGAGUUCUGGACGAAUAUAUCCUCCCAAUUUUAUUGGGAAGUUAAACCAACGGCCGAAAAUGCUCUUUCUUACAAUUUCGAUCUAAAGAAAGGACACAUUUUUAUCCGUUGGUUUUCUGGCGGAAAGACUAAUUUGUGUUAUAAUUGUCUUGAUCGUCACGUUAAGAAUGGUCUGGGAUCUAAAGUCGCUUUUCAUUGGGAGGGAAAUGAUCCUAAUGAUAGAAAAUCAAUUACUUACCAAGAAUUACUAAAUGAGGUUAUAUCUUUUGCUUCUACACUACGCCGUAUGGGUGUCAAUAAGGGAGACCGUGUUGGCAUCUACAUGCCGUUGGUCAUUGAACAAGUUGUUGCUGUUCUCGCAUGCGCUCGCAUCGGUGCAAUUCAUUCCGUUGUCUUUGCUGGCUUUUCGGCUGAGUCACUAUCGGAACGUUUGAUAGCUGCAGGUUCCCGUGUUUUGGUCACUUGUGAUGGUGCUUGGCGUGGAACAAAGCUUAUCGACCUCAUGAAGGUUGCUAAUGAAGCUAUGGAUAUCUGUGAAUUUAAGGGACAACCCAUUGAACACUGCAUUGUUCUUCGUCAUUUGACCCCUGACCCAAGGCCUGGAGCUCCUGUUCCAGCUUCAGAUUCCCCUGGUAUUCGUCCUGUCCAAGACUUCACUGUUCGAAUGCGAACCGACCGCGACGUUUGGUGGGAUAAGGCUGUUCCCGCAGUUGAGACCGAUUGUCCCGUUGAAUGGAUGGAGGCAGAAGAUGGCCUCUUUAUCCUCUACUCCUCCGGUAGCACUGGACGUCCUAAAGGUCUUCUCCAUACUACCGGCGGCUAUAUGGUGUAUGCUGCUACAACCGCCAAAUACGUUUUUGACCUCCAUCCCGAUGAUAUCUACUGGUGCACUGCGGACAUUGGGUGGAUUACUGGCCAUACCUACCUAAUAUACGGUCCUCUUCUAAAUGGUGUGACGAGUGUGAUGUUCGAAGGUCUCCCCACAUGGCCCGAUUAUGGUCGCUACUGGUCCAUUAUAGAGCAAUACCGAGUCACCAAAUUCUACACAGCCCCCACCGUCAUCCGAAUGCUCAUCGGUGCUGGCGAUGAAUAUGUUAAGAAGUACGACAGAUCCAGUCUUAAGGUCCUCGGUAGUGUUGGUGAGCCAAUAAAUCCAUCUGCAUGGACCUGGUACUACGAAGUUGUUGGCAACGGCCGAUGCGCCAUUGUGGACACUUUCUGGCAGACUGAAACUGGAGGUCACAUGAUUACUACCCUUCCAGGCGCGGUUCCUAUGCGUCCGGGUUGUGCAGGCCGUCCCUUCUUCGGUGUCGACGCACGCAUAAUCAGCAAUGACAAUGAAAACCGAGUUGACGAUGUGACAGCAGUAAAGAAGAUGUCCGGCGAUAAGGCUGUGGAAGAGGGAUACCUCGUUUUCGCAGCCCCAUGGCCGGGUAUUGCUCGUACUAUCUAUGGAGAUCACAAGAGAUAUGAAGAUGUAUAUUUCCAAAGAUUUCCUGGCUAUUUUAUGAGCGGUGAUGGAGCCAUUAAAGACAGUGAGGAGAACUUCUGGAUAACAGGACGCAUGGAUGAUAUGCUGAACAUGAGCGGCCACUUGUUGAGCACAGCUGAGGUGGAAUCCGCUCUAGUUUCCCAUCCAGCCGUUGCGGAGGCCGCUGCCGUUGCUAGGUACCACAAGGUCAAAGGAGAGUGUUUACAUUGCUUUGUCACCUUGAAAGACGGCUAUCCUCAGAUCAUCACUCCAGAGUUGCAUAAGGAGCUUGUCAACCUCGUCAGAACCAGAAUCGCGCCGUUUGCUGCACCAGAUUACAUCCAGGCUUGCCCUGCUCUACCGAAGACUCGUAGUGGUAAGAUAAUUCGUAGAAUUCUGCGCAAGAUCGCCAACGGAGAACGUGAUUUUGGAGAUACUUCAACUCUGGCUGAUCCAAGCUGUUUGGAUUUUCUCUGCGCAGAGGUUGAGAAGACUCGUUAG